UCUGUCUGUCUUUAGAUGGGCUACAUGUCCUUUCUUAAAGUCCACUCGCCUGUGUGACCGAUCAGGUGAGAAAGACCGGUAUCGCUCAACUCAAACAGGCGUGCAUGGUGUUUUAACCACAGUGGCGAGAGAGAGAGAUGGGAUAGAGAUACAAGCACCUGGUUAGCCGCAGGGAGAGUUCAGCGAAGGUCAUGUUAAUGCAACAGGGCGUUGUAUAAUAACAAACAAGCGAGUAAUUUUGCAUUUUAUGUUUGUUGAGAGGGGCGGCUGGGCAGAGACAGAGAGAGAGAGAAACGGGGAAUUGCAAUCCAGGUGAAAAGGGGGGCUGUAAAAUUCAGCACAAAGUGUCCAGUUCAAAUCAAGUCCUGCUCUCACCCCUGAUAAAUAGACAGUAGGAACUUCAAAAGCAAGGAAGCAGCCAGCGAAUUCUCUCCCUCCCUCUUUUCAUGAAACAAAUCCUAUUCUUUUAGGAUGCCGUUGGCUGUAGGAUUGCUUUAAAGCCAGAAGCUGGACGUCGUUCCCCUGCGUCAGACCCUAGGAUGGUACUAAAGGUGUUCAGGGCCACUCUGAAUGCUGGUGCUUAGUUAGCAGUCCCCGCUCAGUCACUACAUUAUCCUCAAAGCGCCUGGAAAGCGGAGACAGAGAGAGAGGUGCAAGCACCGGCUAGGCUCCGGUUCACACGUGCUAUUAUUUUUGGGGGAAGGAUAUUUAAGAGAAGCGUAGACGAAACGGAGUCGGGGUGGGGGGAGGUGGUAGAUCACAUCAGGAGGAUUGCUGGGAUCCAUUCUGAAGGAACCAAGUCAGCAGCGUACAAUUGGCAAUCUCCUGGAAACCUGGGUGCCUCCUGCUUUCACAUCAGCAGCGGAAGGAAUAUGUGCUAAUCAGAGACAGAAUUGGACCCACACACACACAGAGAGAGUGAAGAGCAAGAGGAAGGGAUCAGCUGCUGGUCAGGCCCGGACUGGACACUCUGUCAAACUGCCUUUUGAAUGAGGAACCUCACUGCGGCGGAAACACUGGCGUGUGGCCGUGCUGCCAGAGUGUGAAGGUGUUGGACUCCCUGUGCGUGUGGAGGUUCCCUCUUUGCCCCUGCUCAGCUUGUUGUGCAGACUCUCUGUCGCUUUGAGUGUGAGCUGCUGAAGAGUUUGGUUUUUGCUGGGAGAUAGCGUGGAAGGGGCAGGGGGAGAAAAAGAAAGUUGCCCACGUCGCUGGCAUGAAGCGAAAACAGAAGCGUUUCUUGCAGAUGAUCGGCCUCUUCAUCGCCGCUUUGAUUUUCUUGCCCAAUGUUGGAAUCUGGUCCCUUUACAAGGAGAAGCAUUUGGAAAAGUCCACGGAAGCGGGAGGUCAGAGGUUUCCACUUGGUCCCAGUGAAGGGCGUUCCUACAGCUGGACAGAUGGGCUAAAAAGAAAAGACUGGCACAACUAUGAAAGUAUUCAGCAAGACCUGAUGCGUUCAGGAAAGGGUGAACAUGGGAGGCCUUACCCGCUGGCAGAGGAGGAUCAGUCCGACUCAGCGUACAGGGAAAACGGUUUCAACAUUUAUGUGAGCAACAGCAUUGCCCUGGACCGUUCAUUGCCUGACAUCCGACAUCCAAACUGCAAGCAUAAAAUGUACUUGGAGAAGUUGCCAAAUACCAGUAUCAUCAUCCCGUUCCACAACGAGGGUUGGUCAUCUCUCCUGCGGACGGUACACAGUGUCAUCAGACGCUCUCCUGACCAACUGGUCGCAGAGAUUAUUCUUGUGGAUGACUUCAGCGAUAGAGAACAUUUGAAAAAACGUUUAGAAGAAUACAUGGCUAGAUUUCCGAAAGUGAGGAUCAUGCGCACCAGGAAGAGGGAAGGCCUGAUCCGAACCAGGUUACUCGGAGCUUCAGUGGCCAAAGGCGAAGUUUUGACCUUCUUGGAUUCUCACUGUGAGGCCAAUGUGAAUUGGUUACCACCAUUACUUGACCAGAUUGCUCAGGACCACAGGACCAUUGUGUGCCCAAUGAUCGAUGUCAUUGACCACAAUCAUUUCGGCUAUGAGAUGCAAGCUGGAGACGCAAUGAGGGGAGCCUUCGACUGGGAGAUGUACUACAAACGUAUUCCCAUCCCACCUGAGCUCCAGAGGGCUGAUCCCAGCGACCCGUUUGAAUCUCCUGUCAUGGCGGGCGGCUUGUUUGCUGUUCAUCAGCGAUGGUUCUGGGAACUGGGUGGCUACGAUUCAGGACUGGAAAUCUGGGGAGGAGAACAGUAUGAGAUAUCAUUCAAGGUGUGGAUGUGUGGAGGUCACAUGUACGAUGCUCCUUGUUCCAGGGUGGGACACAUUUACAGAAAGUACGUCCCUUACAAAGUUCCCUCUGGGACCAGUUUGGCAAGGAAUUUGAAGAGAGUGGCAGAGACCUGGAUGGAUGAGUAUGCAGAAUACAUCUACCAGCGGAGACCUGAGUAUCGGCAUCUCUCCGCUGGGGACCUCACCGCCCAGAAAAUGCUACGGAAACAUCUCAAAUGCAAAGACUUCAAGUGGUUCAUGACAGAAGUGGCCUGGGACCUGCCCAAGUACUACCCUCCUGUGGAACCCUCACCCGCUGCCUGGGGAGAAAUCCGUAAUGUUGCUACAAACCGGUGCGUGGACAGUAAACAUGGAGCAACAGGAGCAGAAUUGAGGUUGGACAUUUGUAUCAAGGAUGGCUCGGAACGUACAUGGUCACAUGAGCAGAUAUUUACAUUUGGCUGGCGAGAAGACAUUCGGCCUGGAGAGCCACUUCAUACCAGGAAGUUCUGCUUUGAUGCUAUUUCCCACAGCAGCUUUGUCACUCUGUAUGACUGCCAUGGUAUGAAAGGCAAUCAGUACUGGCGCUAUCGAAAGGACAAAACCUUGUAUCACCCAGUGAGCAACAGCUGCAUGGACUGCAAUCUAGCCGACAAGAAGAUUUUCAUGAGCAAAUGCAACCCCUCAGUGCACACCCAGCAGUGGAUUUUCCAACACGUCAACGUGACAGUUCUAGACAAAUUCAACAGUAACUCCAGCUCUUAGAAACGCCUUUGCCACAGUGAAAAGUGUGCACAUUUGGCAAGUUGGUCCUAUGGCAGAACUAUUGGCAGCUGGGUCAAUUCAUUCAGGUGUUGAAUU